AAUUGCUAGUAGUUUGUCUCGUAUAUUCACGCAAAGCAGUUUUGUAAUGACUAUUCAUCUGUUUGUUAUUUAACUAAACGUGACGAUAAUAUUUGAAUAUAAAUACAAAAUUAUACUUUUAAUAAAUGCAUUGAAUGAUCUUAAAUCUUACAUUAAAUCUACUUAGACUGUUUUGUUGUGUGAUAAAUUUUAAAACAUUGAAGGUCAUUAUGUAUUGAUCAUAAUGAUGCAACAUUAGUGUGUUUUAUUCGUUUUUUUUUUAUUAGAUUAGAUAAACAGAGGAAUUAUAUUUUUUUAUUGAGUAUAAAUUUAUCCUAAAAUAUAGAACUUAUUUAGUGUUAUGAAGUUUUUAAAAACCAAUGUGUGUCUUGAAAAAUAAUUUUUUAUAUAAAUUUUUUAUAUAUAACUUGUUUUUUUACAAUAUUUCAAUGAUAAUAAUAUAGAAAUACAACAAUGAAUUAAAGUAACUUUUUUCGUUGUACAUAAUAUUCAUUUAUAGAUAUUUAAUAAUGUCAAUAAAGUAUUUUCAAACCAAAAUAUUACAAAAUAAAUAAAGAUAGUCAUUAAGUUUUUAAUACUAUCCAAUUUGGUAGAUCUAUAAAAAAGGAUUAAUUUAUUGUAAAUUACAGUUUUAUUAAAAAUAAAUAGUAAUGUGUAUCAUAAAUAAAUUCAUAGUACUAUGGAGAAUAUAAAAAAUACCACAAGUUCGCUUUUAAAAAUAAUAUCAUUAAAUGAUUUGUCAAACAUUGAAACAGACUUUACAUUGAAUAGUACAUCUGAAACAGAAACAGAAUUUUCACAGCAAAGUAAUGAUGUGCAACAAUUAUGGAGUUUACCUAAAACAACUGUGAAUUCAUUGGAAGAUAAAUCUUUAACAUUUAACAUAUCAAGGAGUACUGUACAUGUUUCUACAACAACCUUACAGUCUACUGAUGAAUUUGGACCACCAGAAGGGAUAGAAUAUAUUUUUGUACCACUUGGUGUUAUGGUCUUCGUCAUUGUAUUAUCUGCUGUGGUAUUUAUUAUAUCAAGAAAACGAAAGUUGGAGCGCUUAAGACAUAGACUAAUGCCAAUGUACAAUUUUGAUCCUGGAGAAGAAGAGGAAGAUGACUGGGAAACUGAACUAUUGGAUGAAUGUUAUAAUAAUCAUCAAAGACGACAAGGGUACCAAUCCAUGGACAUAGAUGAUAAUGCUGAACUUUUUGGUGAUCAUUGACAAGAUAUCAAUUAGUAUUUGACCAAAUUUCAUUUAUCUUUUAUGUAUUAAGAAUAUAGUUCAUUAAAAUAUGCUUGAUAUAACAGUAUUAAAUAAUGUCAAAAAAUGAAAUGCAGAUAUAUACAAAAAUAUUAUAUAACAGUUCAUAAAAUUUAUAGUUUUUGUAAUUAACUACAUUUUUCUUGUAUCUUCUAAUGCAGCUUUUAUAGAAAACAAUGUAUUAAAGUACAAAAACAGUAUUUUAAACUUUUAUCUAUUUUAUCAUAGUAAAAAUACAACGUAAAAUUGUCUCUAACUCUAGUGCCUUUCGUUGUCUAAAAAAGCUUUAUAUUAUUUUGAAAUUUACUGAUUGUUAUUAUCAAUUACUCUUAUUAACAAAGUACUGUGAUUAUUAUCCAUUGCGAAUAACAUUGUAACCAUAUAUAUAAUUCACUCUCCUAUUUUUCCUGAUGUAACAAUUAUUACAUAAAUAUAUUCUCUGUAACAUAACAAAUUUAUAUUUAUAAAACUUAAUUUGUAUCUGUUCGUUUAACAAAUUAUAUGCAUAUAGCAAUUUUUAUACAUCCAAAAUUUUAACGAUUAUUGGGCAUGCAAAUCAUUACUG